AUGGACCCAGAAGAGAUCCAAAAACUUGUGGAUCAGUUGAAUCUUUCGGAGGAUGAGGAGUCAACGGUUAGCUUAUCUCCUAAAUUGACCGAUGAACUCCGUUUUACUUCGAAACACCGUUUAGUGGGGAGAAUAUUUGCUGCAAAGCACAUUAACAGAGAUCUGUUGUUGUCGCACCUUUCUAAUAUUCUUUCCCCAAAAUCUCGAAUGGAAGCUGAAGUGGUGGGACCUAAUGUUUUCGUGGUCAAUUUCUCCUCUCUAGACGACAAGGGCCACGCACUCCAUGGUGGGCCGUGGCAUUUCUUUCAGGAUCUUCUUCUUUUUGCUGAGAUCGAAGGAUUCCAGAAUCCGUCUGCGGUCUCCUUCGAGGAAUUCUCGGGAUGGAUCCAGUGCCAUAACUUACCAGUGGCCUGUAUGCAUCCUGAUGUUAUCAGAAAGAUUGGUGAGGGUAUUGGCCGGGUGGAGGAGAUUGAUCUGAAUGCUGGGGGUCAAUGUCUUGGUCGUUUUGCUAGGGUGAGGGUUUCUUGGCUUUUAUCAAAACCCUUAAAGAGAUGCAUGCGUAUUCUCCCUGAUGGAGAGAUGGAGGGCAUAAUGAUUUUACUCCUAUACGAGAGACUCCCCAACUUUUGCUUUAAUUGCGGUCGAAUAGGACAUUUAUUGCGGUAUUGUCAAGAACCACGAGAUGGGAAGGCCGCUCUUAAUUAUGGCAACUGGCUUAUGGCUCCCAAAGCGAAUGAGGCGAGACGCAGAUCGACUGGGGAAGGUUUUAACUAUAAUAAAGCCACUCCCAGUACCAUUAAUAAGGUCAACUCCCAAAUUUUUACCUCACCUAAACAGGGGAAUAGUUUGCAAAUCUGUGAGGGACCAAGUACUCAUGUUGCGGCCCCAACUGUUUUACCCAAAGAGGGUCCAGGAGAACAGAAGGAACUGGAUCCAGCGGAACACGGGGUUCAUAAGGGUAAUGAGGCCCUGGCACUGAUUGAGCAGCAGGCUUUAGGGGAGUUGGAACCAACUGGUGCGGUGAAGGAAAUCAUCUCUGCUGACCUUAAAGUCAAUGGGAUUAAAAAGAAUCCCAAGUGGAAGAAAAGAGCCAGAGGGCUAUCCGAAGGUGGCUUAGGGAGAGGGGGUCGUGGAGGCAGGGGAGGGCGAGGUUGGAAAGGGGAUGGAGGGUUGCUCGGUAGGGGGAAAGAUGGCAGUCGGAGGAGCGAGGAGAUAAGGAAAGGGGAGGGAGAGGGGAUCGUCGAGGUCUCUGGUGAACUUGUUAGGAAGCGUGAGGGGAGUCCCGAGCUUGAUGUGGACGCGGGAUCCCCAGUUAAAAAACGUCCGCGUCAAAACACUGAUGAUAACCUGGCAACAACGGCGGUAGCUGCGGAGCAGCUCCGCCGAGCCCAAUGA